CUGAUCUCUCUUUUAAUUGUAGAGGAGCAAACCCACCAUCUUGUGAUUCAGGGACUGGUCAAAACUCCAGAUGGCGACUGCGCUAUGAAGUCUACCAGUACUUCUUACCAGAGAAUGAUCUUUCUGAAAUGGUCCUUAUGAACCACAUUCGGAAGAUGUCUGAGGUGCAAAGUAUCAAAGCCAACGGUAUUAAAAUGCUUACGCUAACAACUGAUGAUAAGACCAAUGUCUACUUUUCCUCACUUCCUGGACAAGGUGUGAUCUACAAUGUCAUAGUAUGGGAUCCUCUUUGGAAUACUUCUGCUGCAUACAUACCUGUGCAUACAUAUGCCUGCAGCUUUGCUGACCUAGUGGAUAACUGCUCUUCUCUCAGUAAACUCUCUACCAAAAUAUUCUUCACUGCUCUUGCUGUUCUUGGUCUUUUCACUUGCUUUUUUGGACACAGAUUCUGGAAAACAGACUUAUUCUUCAUGGGCUUCAUAUUUGCAGCAUUCUUCUUCUUUGUAUUCAUUACGAGGGUAACUGGCCUUGGUUAUGAUGUGCGUCUUAUUUUGACAGCAGUAGCUGGAAUUGUUGGAGGACUUUUCCUGGUUGCAAGCUGGUGGAGAUUUGGCUCUGUCUUGCUCUGUAUGUUUAUUACUGGGCUUGUGCUGGGAUUUCUUUUUUCAUCGAUGGUCUUCUUUACUCCACUAGGAGACUACAGGGUGUUCCGUGACGAUGUGGUGUUCUGGGUGACCUUUUCUUCUGUAGCCUUGAUGAUUCCAGUGCUUUUUUUUGGCUGUCCAAGAAUUCUGAACAUACUGGCCUCUGGAAUAGUAGGCUCUUACACAGUGAUCCUAGCUAUUGCUUGUUAUGUCUACACAAGCCUUGCUUACAUCACCUUAGACCUACUCAGAAGGGUCCUCAAUGAUUACUUCAGCAGAGCUUACACCAAUGUGCCUUUUCAAAGAAAUG